AUCGACUGUUUAAUCGCUGGCGCGUUUGCCGUGGAUGGCUAACUUUGUCUCACGUGCACUAGGCAGCAUUCAUUAAUGCUUACUCAGGAGACCACGAGCGAGGUAAGACUGUGAGACAACCAGCCAUCUUCAUUGGUGCAUCAUACAACGGCGUUCCGUUCACCGUAUGUGAUAUGGAUUCCGUAUCUCGCCAUGUCAGCGAGAUGCCGGGAACUUUGCGUCGCUGAAGGCUAUAUGGACCACGAGCUUCACAACCUCUCUUUUUAUCAUCAUCACUGCUCACUGACCGGCAUUCUCAAACCGGUGCUAACAGCAGACACUACAACACGACUUUUGAACGAUGUUUACACUCUUCGGAGAUCGCGCCCCUUCAUCGCCUCCAGAUCCGGCCAAACUGCAACUCCGACCCAACGAAUGCCAAGUGCUCAGCCUCUCUGACGGGCGCACUCUUGGCUUUGCAACCUAUGGAUCUACAAACCCCUCGCACCCUGUCAUCUUCCUUUUUCAUGGUCUUCCAGGCUGCCGCUUGGUUGGGAGGAGCUGGGACAAGCUCUGCAGAGGCAUCGGCGCGCGUCUCAUCGCCAUUGAUCGUCCAGGCUGUGGAGAUUCGACUUUCGCAGAUCGCGGCCUUGCCGACUGGCCCACGGAUGUUGUAAGCCUAGCAGACCAUCUCAAAGUUGAGCGCUUCAGCGUGCUGGGUGCCAGCGGAGGCGGACCAUACGCGUUGGCUUGCGCACGCUUCAUUCCUAAUGAGCGACUUCGAGCGACGACUGUAGUGUGCGGUAUUGGUCCCAUCGAGGCACUCCUGGACACUGUACCCUAUCUAUCAUGGCGGCUCAUGGGUAUAACUCCAUGGCUGCUACGACAGGGGGCUCUUCAUGUCUUCCUGCCUUACAUCCUCAUCCGUCCCUACCUCACUAAAGACCCUGCUCGCCUCAAGCGUGUCCUCGAAGACCAAGCGAAGACCCCAGAGGAGAAAGAGCAGUUUCGCGAUGACAGCGGAGAGACAAACCUUGAUGACGUUGUCGCGUCAUUACUUGAGGCUUUCAAGCAAGGCUCUGGCGGAUGCAUGCAGGACGGCGCUGUGCUUACGAGAAACUGGGGCUUUAACUUGAAGGACAUAGACAGCGAGCGAGUUUGGCUGGUACAUGGCAGUCAAGAUGCGCAGGCGCCGUUGAAGGUUGCACAGUGGAUCAACGAGAAGAUGGGGGGCAGAAGACUGCGGACGCUCGAAGGCAAGACGCAUUUCACGAUAUGGAAGGAACACUCGGAGGAGAUAUUUCGACAAAGCGCUGAGGCGUAAGUAUACCAAUGCCAAGUGUUCGCAAGUUCCGCUGCAAGCGCUUUUUCCCAAGGCUUGGUACUGCAGGGCGUAAUGCGCAGCCAGCUCAUCUCCAUCUUCCGCUCCAUAUCCGAUUUCGUCACUCGGAGAUGCGGACUUUCAGUCGGCUUUGUCAGGACA